AUGAAAUAUGGAGUUCGUCCUGUUGUUGUGGCUGGUUCAGCUUCAACUUUAAGCAGACUCAUCAGCAGACAACGUAACGAGAAAUGUCCAGAUACUGAAGCCGUAGACUCGCCAAACCCAGUUUUCAGUGGAAAAAUGAUUAAUGAUAAUGACGGAGGUGAGUUUAUGUUGUUCGACUCGACUUGCGGGUACAGUAAUUCUUGUUAUGUGGCGUUCGCUUCUCAUCUUGCUCUUGAAGUACUCGAGAGUUCUCAAAUUGUACUCUCAGAUGGAACAUUUGCAGUUGCGCAGGCACCAUUCAAACAAAUAUGGUGUAUUUAUGCUCAGUGUGGAGACUCAAUUGUUCCAGUGGUUCACGUGCUGAUGGAAUCUCGUUCUAGAGAAGAUUACGAGUUCGUUAUUGAAAAGAUCAAAAACAGAAUUCCAUCAUGGAAUCCGACAGAUUAUUUAGGUGGUAGGUAG